AUGCCCAUUGGCCGAGGAUCUGUCAACACGACCGAAGAGAGCUCGAUAGGGGAUGCAAAUGUGCCCCCAGCAUUCUUUCACCAGAACCGUACCCUUUCCCCACGGACGGCCACGGAAGCUCGAGUCCAUCAUGUGCAGUCCAUCCGGUGGCUGCUUUACCCCCGCGCACAAAUCCUGGUGUGGCUCACAGCCAGCACCGUCGUGAUCGCCCCAAUCCUGCACCUCCUCUUGUUCUUGCCGGAUACGUUCACAUCGAACGACCUCAUCAACGGACCAUCCCACGCCUACGCUCCAGAAUAA